CGUUCGUUUCCUGCGCCUGAGAAAAUCAUUCUCCCAAACCAACCCCUUCAUCACGACUCUAAUAAGGCCCCGUCAUGACCACUAAAGCCCCGGGGCAGAUACAGUUGUUGCAUCAUGGAGCAAAUCAUUAUGAACGGUCCGGCAACUCGCCGCACCCAUACCAAAUCCCGACGAGGCUGUUUCCAGUGCAAGCAACGCCAUGUCAAGUGUGAUGAAACGCGCCCGAAUUGCAGCGCAUGUGCGAGACGGUCGUUAUCCUGCAGUUAUCCUGCACCGAAACAAUACAGAACCCCCUUGGCCAGCUUCGCCAAAGAAGAGAGAAGGAACACCGACCCUCACAAACGGAGUGCGAUGGCCGAGGCGACUGCAGAAUCACCAGCCGCGCGUCUUUCGAGAUUAGAUGAGAUGCGACUUUUCUACCACUUCCUCACAAUAACCUGCCGCACCUUGUCGAGGAACGAAGAAGAUCAUGCCUUCUGGUCCUCCACCGUGCCCCAGGCUGCAACAUCGUACGCCCACGUGAUGGAUGCUCUAUUGGCUCUGGCCGCCCUGCACAUGGCCUCCAGCGACGCCACCGCCGAGCCCUCGAAGGACUGGCUGAAAACUGCUUUGGAGUAUCACACGGCAGCCCUAACAUUUCUACGUGGCAACUUAUCUAGCAAUGAUACUGAUCAGCCAGAGGACGCCGAUGCAUCGGCGAUCUGUUCCGUCUGCAUCUUAAUCUUCACGACAGCAUACCCCAACGUGUCCACGGAUUGCCAGGACGAAGACUCACUGAAUGAAAUCCUGGAAAUACGCAUGAUGCUCAAGGGUACUAGAUACCUCUCACACUCGAAUGGUAGCUUACACGAUCAGUAUAACAGCCACGGCAACAAGCCAAAAGACAGUCUUCAAGUUAUAAAUGAAGAGGAGGAGGCUGACCAGAACUUGAGAGAGCUACACAGGGAAAUCAUGGAGAGGCUUCGGGAGGUCCGGGCAGAAAUAGACAGAAGCAAUCACCCAUAUACACCGGUGCUUCGGGAUACAUACCAGCUUCUUGAAGAAGCUAUAGGUGCCUGGCCCGCGAACAUUGGAAGUAUACGGUGGACACUGGAGAUCAGUGAUGAGUAUCUUGACCUUCUGAGAGAGGGCGACUGGCUUGCGCGAGUUCUCCUGCUGCUCCAUGGCCUAGGGAUGCAUCUAAGCUCUAGGCGAUGGUGUACCAGGAACUCAGGGAAACGUCUAGUGAGGUCUAUACUAACAGCCGUGAGGGCUGUUCCUGCGCAAUGGGUGAAUCUCAUAACGUGGGUAGAACGAUGCUUGGAUAUAUAAUACUGGCUGCUUACAGAUGUACUUAUCAUAACGUGUAUCGUUCGAGGCCGAUCCCCAGGCAUGAUUUUCCCUGCGUCCUCUUCGGGCUAUUAUGCCUGGGCUUUAGAAUCUUCGACAGAAGUAUGAGAAAGAUGGUAUGCUGUUUACAGCUUUGGUCGGCCGAAACAAGAGGGUCAGUCGUCAGCUCAGGUCUCAAAGCUAUACAUCAAUACACCGCACGGAUGCCAUACUCGUUGCGCCCAUACACUGCAAGAUGCUCCGGGAUCUCGAGAAUGUCAGUCCAUACAAAUUCCACAAAAGAGAGCGUGAGCUCAUACACUAUCACGCAAAAGAAAGC